AUGAUUUCAGAGCAGCAGAGCCUGGACACUCCUGGGGGAUUGUGUUUUGCUUAUAAAGUUAACAAGAAGUUAAAGAAGAUCAAGGAGAACUCGAUAACAAAAAUGGCAGUGGAGAUUCAGAGAGGAAUGCAAAACAACACUCUGUCGACACUCGCCAAGGAAUCGGUGAAGGACUACUUCCUUCCUCGGAUUUGGGUAUGUAUGUCGAGACAGCCCGAUGAAGAUUGUGACAAUAGAAAAGAGACAAUUAGACGAAUGUUGGUUUGUCUCAGGGUUGAAGACGAGGUCAUUAACUCAGCCGAUGACAGUCAUGGCCUACCCGGGCUGCUCUGCGCUCUUAGCUCUUUGCGUACCAUUGAAGGGUAA